AGAGAGAGAGAGAGAGAGAGCAGACAAAAAUGGCUCAGAUGGAGAAGAUACAAAGACAAAUGGAAAGUCGAACUACACCUAAUACACCAACAGCACAACAACUUCUCAACGAUGAUGCUGGGUGGUCAGCACCAACGACACCGUCGUUAGGGUUAUACGAAGAAGAUCAUAGCCAGCAUUCCAAGAAAUCGGUUCUGGCAAAAGUGAAAGACAGGGCUAAGAAAUGGAAACACACUCUUUCUAAGAAAAAGCACAAUCCUGAUGAUAACACCACUCCUACAUGGGGUGUUAAGUUGGAAGAUGAUGACGAUCAAGAAGACGAACCUGAAUAUUUGGGAGCUCCCAGUAACUAUAUUUACUCUAUAUCUCCUUCUCCCUUUCUCUUGUUUAAAGUUAAUGGGCGCCAAUUUUUUUGA